CAAAAGCUGUACAAUAAUAUCAUACUCAUAUUAGCAACCAAACGUUGGUAAACACUUCGUAAAUAUACCAACAAUCCGUUUUCCAGUCCCUUUAAUUAAGUACAGUGUAGCCAGAGCAUGGCAGACCCUAGCAAACUGUAUAUAGCUGUGGUGUGUAGUAGUAACAUAAAUCGGUCAAUGGAAGCACAUGGUUUCCUGGCAAAGAAGGGAUUCAGGGUGAAAUCGUUUGGAACCGGUGAACGUGUGCGUCUUCCUGGCCUCUAUAUUGAUAAGCCGAAUGUGUACGAAUUUGGAACAAGCUACGAGGACAUUUACAAUGAUCUGGCCCGAAAAGACCGUGACUAUUACACAGAGAACGGGCUGCUCCAUUUACUCGAUAGGAAUCGACGGAUAAAAAAGUGCCCUGAACGGUUCCAAGAGUGCUCCGAACAAUUCGAUGUUAUUAUAACGGUAGAGGAGCGGGUAUUUGAUGCCGUUGUGGAGUGUCUAGAGUCCCGGGAGCCUGUAGACAAUCGCCCAGUUCAUGUGCUAAAUGUGGAUAUUGAGGAUAAUCAUGAGGAGGCGUUAAUGGGUUCGUUUCUGAUUGGAGAUAUGUUGGCAAUGAUGUCGAAAUCCAAUGAUUUGGAUAACGACAUAUGUAUCAUGCUAAUGGAAAUGGAAACGAGAAAGAAGAAGACAAUAUUGCAUUCUGUACAUUUUUACUAAGAAGGAGUAAGCAGGAGUUGACUCCCAAUUUUAUUUAAAUUUGAUCGCUAGCAAGUAACGGUGCUAGGACCUAAUACGACGACUUUUGAAUGAUGUUCAAAAACCUUCUAAAAGCGUACAAAGGGGAACAAGAAGCCCAACAUUUAAUUUACGUGGAAAAGCUUUGACGAUAUGUACAUCCCAAUCAGCAAUUUUUGUGUUUGAAUGUUCUGAAUAAUGUUCAACCUUAUGAAAAUAUUGGGGAAUGCCCACCCAUCUUAGUGAAUAAAGUUGAAU